AUGGAGGAGCUGAGCGCUGAUGAGAUCCGGCGGAGGCGCCUGGCUCGACUUGCUGGUGGACAGACCUCCCAGCCGACCACCCCGCUCACCUCUCCCCAGAGGGAGAACCCUCCGGGGCCCCCCAUAGCGGCCUCAGCCCCCGGCCCCUCCCAGAGUCUCGGUCUCAAUGUCCACAACAUGACCCCAGCUACCUCCCCCAUCGGUGCAUCAGGAGUGGCCCAUCGAAGCCAGAGCAGUGAAGGAGUCAGUUCUCUCAGCAGCUCGCCCUCCAAUAGCCUUGAAACGCAGUCGCAGUCUCUCUCCCGUUCCCAGAGCAUGGAUAUUGACGGUGUCUCUUGUGAGAAAAGCAUGUCCCAGGUGGAUGUGGAUUCAGGAAUUGAAAAUAUGGAAGUGGAUGAGAAUGAUCGACGAGAAAAAAGGAGCCUCAGCGACAAGGAGCCAUCGUCGGGUUCGGAAGUGUCUGAAGAGCAGGCCUUACAGCUGGUCUGUAAGAUCUUUCGUGUCUCCUGGAAGGACCGGGACAGAGAUGUCAUCUUUCUUUCUUCUCUCUCUGCGCAAUUUAAGCAGAACCCAAAAGAAGUGUUCUCUGAUUUUAAGGACUUGAUUGGCCAGAUUUUAAUGGAAGUGCUAAUGAUGUCCACUCAGACUAGAGACGAGAACCCAUUCGCCAGCCUGACAGCCACAUCCCAGCCAAUCGCCGCGGCAGCUCGGUCACCAGACAGGAACCUCACCCUGAACACUGGCUCGGGCCCUGGAACGAGCCCCAUGUUCUGCAGCGUGGGGUCCUUCGGCGCCAGCUCUAUGUCUAGUAUGUACGACAGUCCUUUCUCCUUCCUCUUCCUCGCGCUUUCUGGGGACAGUAGUGAUGAUGAUGAUGAAGAAGAAGAAGAUGAUGAUGGUGAUGAUGAAGGUGUUGGUGGUGGUGAUGAGUUUUCUUGUGUCCAGUUUGGGUCCAGCUUCGGAGCCUGUGGUGGGGCGAGUUCCUGGGAUUCCUACAGUGACCAUUUCGCCAUCGAGACCUGCAAAGAGACAGAUAUGCUGAACUACCUCAUCGAGUGUUUUGACCGAGUUGGAAUUGAGGAAAAAAAAGCACCAAAGAUGUGCAGCCAGCCAGCGGUCAGCCAGCUCCUGAGCAACAUCCGCUCCCAGUGCAUAUCGCACACUGCGUUAGUGCUGCAGGGCUCCCUCACCCAGCCCAGGUCCAUGCAGCAGCCGUCCUUCCUGGUGCCGUACAUGCUGUGUAGGAACCUCCCAUACGGCUUCAUUCAAGAGCUGGUGAGAACCACUCACCAGGAUGAAGAAGUGUUCAAGCAGAUCUUUAUCCCCAUUUUACAAGGCCUGGCGCUUGCUGCCAAAGAGUGCUCCCUUGAAAGUGACUACUUUAAAUACCCCCUCAUGGCGCUGGGGGAGCUCUGUGAAACCAAGUUUGGGAAGACACACCCCGUGUGCAACCUGGUGGCUUCCUUGCCGUUGUGGUUGCCUAAGUCCCUGAGCCCUGGGUCUGGGCGGGAGCUGCAGAGACUCUCUUACUUGGGGUCUUUUUUUAGCUUCUCCGUCUUCGCAGAAGAUGACGCUAAAGUGGUUGAAAAGUAUUUCUCAGGGCCUGCUAUUACCCUGGAAAACACCCGUGUGGUCAGCCAGUCACUGCAGCAUUACCUGGAGCUGGGAAGGCAAGAGCUCUUCAAGACUCUGCACAGUAUUCUGCUAAAUGGUGAAACCCGGGAGGCGGCCCUCAGUUACAUGGCUGCCGUCGUCAAUGCCAACAUGAAAAAAGCACAGAUGCAGACAGAUGACAGGUUGGUGUCUACAGAUGGAUUCAUGCUGAAUUUCCUCUGGGUGCUGCAGCAGCUCAGUACCAAGAUCAAGUUAGAGACAGUUGACCCCACGUAUAUAUUCCACCCGAGGUGUCGGAUCACUCUGCCCAUCGAUGAGACCAGAGUGAACGCCACGAUGGAGGACGUGAAGGAGUGGCUGGCGGAACUCUAUGGAGAUCAGCCUCCAUUUUCUGAGCCGAAAUUCCCUACGGAAUGCUUCUUCCUUACCCUGCACGCCCACCACCUCUCCAUCCUGCCGAGCUGCCGUCGCUACAUCCGCAGGCUCCGGGCCAUCCGGGAGCUCAAUAGAACCGUGGAGGAUUUGAAAAAUAACGAAAGCCAAUGGAAAGAUUCCCCACUGGCAACCAGACACCGGGAAAUGCUGAAGCGCUGCAAAACGCAGCUGAAGAAACUGGUACGAUGCAAGGCCUGCGCUGACGCUGGGCUACUUGACGAGAGCUUCCUGCGAAGAUGUCUGAAUUUCUAUGGCCUCCUCAUCCAGCUGCUGCUCCGCAUCCUGGACCCCGCCUACCCCGACGUAACACUGCCUCUCAGUUCAGACGUCCCCAAGGCGUUUGCAGCGUUGCCUGAGUUCUAUGUAGAAGAUGUUGCUGAAUUUUUAUUUUUUAUUGUACAAUACUCGCCUCAGGUGCUGUACGAGCCCUGCACUCAGGAUAUUGUGAUGUUCCUCGUCGUGAUGUUGUGCAACCAGAACUACAUCCGAAACCCGUACCUGGUGGCCAAACUGGUGGAAGUCAUGUUUAUGACCAACCCUGCUGUGCAGCCACGGACCCAGAAGUUCUUCGAAAUGAUCGAGAACCACCCUCUCUCCACCAAACUGUUGGUCCCGUCCCUGAUGAAGUUUUACACGGAUGUCGAGCAUACUGGAGCGACCAGCGAGUUCUAUGACAAGUUCACCAUCCGCUACCACAUCAGCACCAUUUUUAAAAGCCUCUGGCAAAACAUAGCUCACCACGGUACCUUCAUGGAGGAGUUCAACUCUGGGAAGCAGUUUGUUCGCUACAUCAACAUGCUGAUCAACGACACGACGUUUCUGCUGGAUGAAAGCCUGGAGUCCCUGAAGCGGAUCCACGAGGUGCAGGAGGAGAUGAAGGACAAGGAGCAGUGGGAGCAGCGGCCCCGGGACCAGCAGCAGGCCCGGCAGUCCCAGCUGGCUCAGGACGAGCGGGUGUCGCGCUCCUACCUCGCCCUGGCGACGGAGACGGUGGACAUGUUCCACAUCCUCACCAAGCAGGUCCAGAAGCCCUUCCUCCGGCCGGAACUUGGACCCCGAUUGGCUGCAAUGCUGAACUUCAAUCUCCAGCAACUCUGCGGUCCCAAGUGCCGGGACCUGAAAGUUGAAAAUCCCGAGAAGUACGGCUUUGAACCAAAGAAGCUGUUGGACCAGCUGACAGACAUUUACCUGCAGCUGGACUGUCCGCGGUUCGCCAAAGCCAUCGCCGACGACCAGAGAUCCUAUAGCAAAGAGCUGUUUGAAGAAGUCAUUUCGAAGAUGCGGAAGGCAGGGAUCAAAUCCACCAUCGCGAUUGAGAAGUUUAAGCUCCUGGCCGAGAAGGUGGAGGAGAUAGUGGCCAAGAACGCACGGGCCGAGAUCGACUACAGCGAUGCUCCGGACGAGUUCCGAGACCCUCUGAUGGACACCCUGAUGACUGACCCCGUGCGCCUGCCCUCCGGCACCAUCAUGGACCGCUCCAUCAUCCUGCGGCACCUGCUCAACUCCCCCACCGACCCCUUCAACCGGCAGACGCUGACCGAGAGCAUGCUGGAGCCAGUGCCAGAGCUGAAAGAGCAGAUUCACGCCUGGAUGCGGGAGAAGCAGAACAGCGACCAUUAA